AUGAUCAAGCGAAACGCUUUCGAAUAUUCGCAGCCGCCGCUGCUCAAAUCACCGCCACCGGCGCCGUCACCGCUCGAUUCUAAUCGGGUAAAAAGAUGUGCUCAUUGUUUUGAUCAUUCUUGAGCCCUUUCAGUCUUAUCGCUGGACUUCGAUGACUGCCGCCAGCAAUUCAAAACUUGCGGAGACCCCGGUCAAGAACGCUGCAAAGAAACCUGACAUGAGUUGGUGGUCGCCGUCGCGUGGAGACACGUGGCGUCUGAAUGCCCCUCGUGGCCGCACUCUGGAUCUUGUUGCCGCUUUUGAUCAGUGCGCUCGACAGGAUAUUCUUGAACCUCCGAAGUACGUAAAUGUGGGCAGAUAUCGCAGAAACAGCGAGCCGAUGCAGGAAAAUGAAGAAAAGGAAAUGAUAAGCACCAAUUUCAUAGGUAAUGAAAACUAUACGGAUCCUAGAGUAUCAGAAUUUUAGAUGAUUCGAUGAUCGACGAUCGCGAAGAGUACGAAGAGCACGAAAUCGAUUUGGAAAUGGAUUACUACGAUCGUCCGACGAUUAAAAUGCAUCGAGCCGCUGAUCAGCACGAGGACAAUUUUGAAAAUGGACAAAGAAAUGAACAAACGUAUGAGCUCAUCAGUAUUUGCGGUAAUCAGUAAAAAGUUUACAGGCACAUCUCACUGGGAAAUGGAAGCCGUCGUCAAAGUGUUUCAUCGUCGGUCACACACCGCACCACCGUCGAACACAUUAUUAGAAACGGCGGAGGAGAUGGGAAAGUGCAACAGCAGAUGCCAAAACAAUCGGAUACGCCUAUUAUGGAUCAGACCCCGAGACGACCGCAAGCCUUGUAAGCAGUUAUUAUGGUUACAUGUCUAGCAUAUCUUAAUUUAACAGAAGUGCUCGCAGCAAUGUUCCUAAUCUGGAUAUGGGCAGAUUGGAUCAUCCUGCCAAGAAUAACGAACAAACAGUAGCUGGAUUCAUUACGUCUACUCCGCAAGUGCAGAAGGGAACGGACGAACUCUCCAAGUAUUUCGGACAUGAAGAAUCUAUUCGAGGAUCUCCAAUGACUCGUCGCGAACGUCGCCGCACUCAGACAAUCGUUCUUCCGUCAUUUGACUCGCCAGCUUCUGAUCGGAAAUUCAAAGCACCGAUGUCUCCGCCGCCUCCGAUUCCAUCGAAGAGCCACGUUGUUUUGCCAUCCUCUCAUGUCAAGUAAACUUGAACAAAAAUUAAACAUAUUUAAAUCUCUCCUUCCAGGAAUAUUGCUUCGGAAUUUGAAAAAGCUGAUUUCGGAUUCCAUCGCAAAAUCGAUCCGGCUCAGGAAAUUGCAGAACUGAGGCAACGAGCGAACUCAGCUAAGAGCAGUAGUUUCGAUGAGAAUCAGAAUGUGCUUCUCGAAAGCUCCGAGGCUAAUGCAAGCAGUGAAUCAAUCCCCAGAAUCAGUCAUCUGUUCGUUUUGGAAAGUGGUUUAUAGAUACAGUCUAGUUUCAGUGAGAUGCGCCCAAGUAUUCAAAUGGGAGUCAGUGGAUACAAACUCAGAGCUCAAUCACAGGAAGAAGUUCUUUACUCGCUUCCCGUCAAAAAGAAUCUGAAGAAACAAGAAAAGGUCGAAAAAGACGAGACGGACGAAAGAGCGAUGACUCCGCGUGCUCUUCAGAAGAAUCGCCAAAGUCUUCCGUUCUCAGACAUACCAGAAGAGCGUACGUGUGACAAGAUUGACGAGAUGUUUGAUUUUGUCGAGGUUCCGACUGGAGACUUUGAAAAGACACUCGAAAGGACGAAUGACGGAUAUGCGGAACUGGCAUCGCGUGGAAGUCCGGCGAAGAAAGCGACAAAUAGGAUGAACGUGUCGGUGAACACUUAUCAGACGAUCGAGUUUGAUAAAGAAGUGAGAGAUUACAGCAUACAGUAAAAUUGUUGUUUAUUUCUUUUUCAGCCAUACGUGGAACAAUUCGAGAAUGAUGGCACCGGAUUCAGUGGGUCGUCAAGUGGACCUCAAUUCACUCGCUCCCCGACUCUGAUAACUCCGCACGCCGGUCAAUCGGUUACUGAAUAUCGCGUUUCUGAAAAGGAAGGUCGCGCUAGAACAGAGAAAGUCGUCGUCCAGAAAAUGCUUCAACCUUCUGCUCUUGCCACGUCAACUCCGAAAGGAACACUGGCUUGGCGAAGAAACCAGAAUGGACCGGAAGACUCAUUUGUCAGCUCGAUCAGCAACUUCUCCGCUGCGGACAAGAUAAACGAUUCACGUAGACAGAUCUCCAAAUUGAUAGAGACAAUCGAGAAGACUCGCAAGCACAUCCAACUUGCGGAAAUAUCGUUGCUCGAUGCGAAAAGGGCUCGGAUGGUUGUGCAAGAGUUGGCUUCUCAGAGAGUCCUUCUCAUAUGCCGAGAACGUCUGAAGCUGCAGCUGGAUGAAGUGCGCCGUCUGCAAGCACUCUCGGUCGUCCGUCAUCCACCACCACCCAUCAACAGACAUUUCAAAUCGGCCAUGGUGAUUUCGAAUAUUGCUGUCCACCUCAACAAGAACUUCAAUUGUCGUAAGUAUCCUUCUGGUGUUCAUCAUUCCCUCUCUUUCCAUUCCCUUUCCGAUUAAACGCAACCGUCCCUCUUCUUCAUGCUUUGCAGGCGGUUCCUUCGCGUUCAUUGUUGCUCUCAAGUGCCGCACUGAGAUCGAGGCAACUGGAGUUGUCACCUUACUCGCUCACUAUCAGACACGCAUGCAUGUAAUACACUUUGGAGAGCACAUGCACUUCUCCAAUCUCCCCGUUGACUUUGUUAUUUCCAUGGAAGUGUACAUGAUGGUUCGGCAGUGAAAAGUUCUUUUCUCUAAUCAAGUGGCCGUUUUCAGCGUGUUCCCGAGUACAAAGCACCCGAGAAGACGUGUGCUUCGUUGCUUGCUGCCAAAGUCCGCAGUCUGCUGGUUCCGAGCUCAGGUACAUUCUGUUUCCUAGUCAUAGGUGUUUUGAGUUGAGCGCCGGCAGUUCAGGACAGGCGAGUAGAAAGGCCUGGUUCGGGAAAAAAAAUUAGCAGUAGUGAGGCCGUAAGCCUGCCAAAUUUACCCGGACUGUAACAGGUUGCCAAGUUGUUUCAACUGUCUAAAUUACUUCUAUGGGUCUUAUUCCUUCAGUUUCCACUCAUUUGAACCCACUACCAUAAAACGACGCUUGGAUAAAUAUUCUCUGAAAAUUGUUGUUAUCCCUUUCCACAGGGGGGGGAGGUCUUAUGGUUGCCGCUGGUUCGAAAAUUUCAAUCCAAUCGCCAGAUCGGAAAAAUGUUUUGACGUUUCUCAAAAAAAGUUUUGCAGCUCAUCGCCGUCCGAAAGCCAACAGUAUUUCGGCCAAUCGGACUGUUGUUUCCCUUCCUGGCUAUCAAGCACCUGAAUGUGAAUUCAAGUUCUGUGGAAAGCUAACUCUGGAUCGUGACUCGGCCGGAGAUCGUCAGUUCUACCUGGACGAUGUUACUUAUCCUUUGGAAGGAACCGUCAAGCUCCUUUCGCAUUGUUCUUCCCUUCCUGAAGCGAUAGACGUCGGGUACCGCGGAUUCCUUUACUUGUUCGACGAGCGAUCUCCGAACGGGGAUUCCGCGUGGGAGAGAUACUGGGCAAUGCUGCACAGAGGAAUCAUCUUCUUCUGGAAGACCCCAGUCGACGAGAAGAAUGAACAAGUGCCGCUUUCGCAAAUUGACCUGACCAAAUGCACAAAUCAAUCGAUCGAGGAGACGAGAAACGAGCGAUCGCACGAAUUCCAAAUCGAGUUGCUCAUUGAUCAGAAUCCGAGUUUGCUUGAGAAGAGAAGGUAGGCAGACAUCAAUUUCUGAAUGAGAUCCUUCAUUUUCUCGUUUUCAGAGUCGUGCUCGCUGCCGAAUCUGCUGACCAUCUGACGAUGUGGCUGAACGCGAUCAACGACACACUGUGUGUGCUCCGAUCCUGA